CGUUGGCAGCAGGAAAGAAAAUGCGAUCAUUCAUUCAUUGCACGCGUCUUGCUUUGUUGCGCUCUAAACCCUUUACAUUUCCUGCCCAUUUUCCCGCUGCUCGCAUUCAAAUGCUCGUUGACCAAGUCCGCUUGGUCCUCAUUGCCUUCGCUAUCGGAUACCUAACGCGACAUUUCAACCCGCUCAACUGGGACCAGAUUAAGGAAAUCGUCUCGCUCCGGCUCACCCAGCUCUCGCCGCUCCUGCUAGUCAUACUCGGCAUCCUGCUAACACUGACCGCGCUCGCACUGCUGCUCUACCCGUUCGCGAAGGUAGCCGACUGGGAGGCAAAGAACAAUCCCCGGAUACGCAUUCCGCACCUCUGCGCGCGAGCACCUGAAGCGUCGCGGCAGCUUCUAAAUCAUGGACACAGUCAAAAUAUUCUGGCCAAAGCACCUCUCCAAGGACAUCAAGGAGAGUGGGUACCUUGUCGGCUGGGACUUGGGCGUCAACGGAGCGUCGUUUGCCAAUGCCUGCCAGGUCACUGCCGAUAUGGAGGCGUACCACCAGGAGCUGGCCUCCGAGGAGCCGCUGAAGAAGCCCAAGAUCGUUGGGUACCUGAGCCGUGAAAACGAGGGUCUGUGCGAACCCGAUGCGCGUGACCUGAGCACCUGUCUGCAUCCGUGCCGUGUCAUCGUCACGCUGUAUGAGCAGAACCCACAGAAACCCAUGCACUUUUACAAGGCAUCGCCGCUGAACCUCGAUCUGACUGCUACACAGCCCCACAUCCAUUCGCCGCUGCAGACAACGCUCGACUACAUCAACACAACCACCCAGCUGUAUAUGUACAUGCACGACUCCGAUGCCGCCAAGCGCCGCGCCAGCCACCAGCAAGACGACAAGGCCAUUUCGAGCGGAUUCACCAGCGAUCUAUGCAAUCUGUUCUUGGCGCUCUCCGCGUUCAUCCUGCGGCUGCUGGACACGCCCAUGUCGGCCGUUGGCCAGCAAUUGGAUCUAGUGCUGCGACGUCUGGCGUACCUGACCGAGCAGGCGCGCCAGCCGCGCCAUGUGCACAACAACGCCCAGCACGUCAGCAUCUGGAACAGCAUCUGGGUUAUCGCUGUCGACAUUGCGCUUGGUUGCAUCCUGGGCACUGUGCUUUUGUUUUACGCUGCGCCACUGUACACCGUGGUAUCGCUUGAGAAGAUGAUUUUUUGGUUGGAUGGUGCGCCCGCCGGCCUCAAACUCAACAAGGGACUCGAUCACUUCCUCGCCGAGCUGUUCCUGUGGCUGAUCCACUUCUGGACCAUUACUUUCCAGCCGCUGAUGCAGUACGUCAAGACUGUGGUUGUGUGUGCAUCGUGGGCCGGCUUUGUCGUCGGCUUCUCCAUGCAGCUGGUGAUUCUCUCCGACACCAUGGCACUGACAACACUACACACAUAUUGGUUCUAUAUGAUUGCUACACGCAUCUUCCACUGGCAGCUGCUCAUGCUCUAUUCGCUGUUCAACCUGUUCCGCGGCCGCAAGCACAACGUGCUGCGCAAUCGCAUAGACAGCUGCGACUACGAUCUCGACCAGCUGCUGAUCGGCACCAUUCUAUUCACCCUGCUCAUCUACCUCUUCCCCACCGUGCUUGUCUACUACCUGACCUUUGCCAUGCGCCGCGUCGUCGUCAUCAUGGGGCAGGGCCUCCUGGAGAUCCUGCUUAGCAUCGUCAACCAUUUCCCGAUCUUCUACAUCAUCCAGCGUAUCCGCGAUCCGCUCCUGUUCCCGGGCGGCGUUGCCUACAGCCGCCUGGACGUGACGGUGAUUGAGAUGCGCUCGAUCCCGGUGCCCUUCACGGCGAUUUUCUUCCAGUACUACCAGAUCUGGGUGCAGUUCAGUGCAAACUACUUGUCGUGGGGUCUAUUGCGCUCGCUACUUGUCGGCGAUGUCAUCCAUCCAGUGCCGCGGCUCCAGCAUACCAUGAUUCCAGGCGUUGCCGUUGGCAGCAAGAGCAAGUAGCGCCUGCCCCUACUAGAAUCCCAUUUUGUUAUUUAUGCCUCCAUCUUUCACCUUAUUUCAUAAAGCCCAUCCUCAAAAUACG